AGCAAACGUGACAUAAACAAUUAUUGUUCCGUUUCAUUCUUCCUCCUGCCCAGCAGGGGGCAGCAUAACGAUACCGCUAAAACACGUCUUUUCAACGGAAGACAUCUUGUUUGUCUUCCGGUCUGAGUUAAAAAACAUGGCGGAGGACGCGCAUGCUGAAAACGGGCCGAAACACGUGAAAAUGUCCGGUGGUGACCCCGCAGGCCCCGUCGUUGUCAGCCCGGACCAGGAGACCCCCGCGGCGGACGGAGCCGCCGCCGAGGUCCCGUGCGCCAUUCCGUCGUUCGCCGCGGCCUCGGAGCUCGUGCCGGCGGCGUACUCGUGUCUGGUCACGAGCGCGCACCGGCGACACGUCGCCCUGCCGCCGGUGUAUCUGAACAAGAAGAAGACGGGCAUUAAAGAGGAGCUGGAAGGCGAGCUGCUCAAGUACUCCCAGAGGCUGAAUGGAGUGCCCUUGGCUUAUGACAGCAUCAAGAUCGUGGGAAAACACGGGAAUAUCCACGAUGAUAGCGGAUACAUCCACAUGGACAUAGAAGCCAACUUUAUUAUAUUUCAGCCCCGAAAGGGACAGAAACUCCUGGGGAGAGUGAAUAAGCUGGGAGUGAGCCACGUGGGCUGCCUGGUGCACGGCUGCUUCAACGCCAGCAUACCCAAACCCGGCCUGGUCUCCGUGGAGACCUGGAGGGACGCCGGGCCCCGGAUCGGGGCCGAGCUGGAGUUCGAGGUGACCACGCUGGACGCUGACGCUGCGGGGGUGCUGCUGAUCCGAGGACGACUGGAGAGGACCAGGGUGCAGGAGCUUCUUUCAAUUGGUGAGAGCUCAGAGUUGAGCAGUCCAACAGAUCAGCCAGAAGGGCCAGUCGCAGAGCUCCCCGAGAAUCCUCCCGACGACCCCCCCAGGAAAAAGAAGAAAAAGAAAAAGGACAAAGUCAAAGAAGAGGAGAUGGAAGAGGAAAUAAAACGGUCGCCUCCCGACCAGCCGGACUGCGACGCAGCCGCAGAGCCCACUGAGACAAAUGGCUCAGAACCCAGUGAGAGGAAAAAAAAGAAGAAGAAGAAAAAGGAAAAGGAGAAAGACGUAAAAGAAGAGGAACAGGACAUGGAGGUGUGUCAUGUGGAGAUCCAGGGCAGCGACUCCAGCGGUUACUUCAGUGACAAGCCGAGCAAGAAAAGGAAGCACGACAGCAGCGGCCUGACGGAUGCCACCCCGACAAAGUCCAAGAAGAGGAAAGGAGACGUCGAGCAAUUCGCCUGAACGAGGAGAAAAAGAGCAGGAAACCCGUCGACCUGCACGGGACGUCUGAGGCCGGCCUCUGUGACGGUCGACGCAUUUUAAAGGGCAGGAUCUCUGACUCCUGACGGGCUCAGUGGGGACCGAUGAGCAGCCGUGCCAGAGCCCCCCCCUCAAUGGAUUGUGAUUCCAGUCCGCUGCCUGAUGGUGGAGCAAAACCACCUCACAUCAGCACCAGCACACAGACAGUCAGACGGUUGCGGGAGGCUUUCACUUGGAGCCUAAAAAGACUGAUACUCACCGCAGAGAGGUUUGCUUCUUACGCCUCCUUCAGUCCCAAACGAGCGGCCUUCAUAAGGGCGGUUUUACGGGUCCUCCGGCGAACGGUCACUCGCUUCCUGUGAUUGUUUUGAUAGGUCUGACCGAGAGGCGGUGAAAUAUGAGAUCAAUAUUUCAUCCUCGUCGACCCAAAGAGUUUUUGUCCCCUGUCAUCAUCCAGAAGAGAAGUAAUUAAAAAGUUCUUAAAAACCGU